UUACUGUGUUCUCUCUAUUCCUUGCCAGCUAGUGCUGACUGCGGUGCAUAUUCUGUGGGCCUGGCCUCCUGUGGCUCCUUGUGGUGCAGCUUCUGCCGAGUGAUGCAAUACUGCAUAAGAAUCAAAUGUGUUUGUUGAAGUUGACUGUAGUUCCCUGAUGUAGGCACCAUGAGGUGAAGUCAGAAGGUUCAUAGAGUGAGUAGUGUGUCGCCUGCAACGUGAUGAUAUAUGUCCGUUCUUGCUAAGAUAUAUAGUCAACAUCAAACACUCAUUCAUAGCCGAGAACAACUCCCGCCACUUUUCUAUCCAACAUGUCGCUGCAUAAAGGAGAAAAUGGGUUUCUGCCCACAACUGAGCUGGAUGACCGCCUUCUAAAAUAUUUUCCCGGGAGGGCCGAGAACCUCGACUGCAACACAGAGGAGGACAGGAGGAACCAGGAAGGUGGAGUGCAGGAGCUUUCGGUGCCAGAAGAGGAGGAAGAAGUAGUACUCACCUCCCAACUUGUGGAAGACAUCUUAGGACCUGAAGAACACACCCAGUGUGGACUUGGAACCGUGAGGGGUGGGACGCUACAGAAGUUGGCUACCCCCGUCACCUACCUGGUCAUCUCAAGUGUGGUGGCUCUGGUACAAGGUAUCUUCUAUACCUACGCUAAUGCCACUCUCUCCACCGUUGAGAAGCGCUUCAGACUACCCAGCAAGAUUUCAGGUCUAGUGACGACAGGGAAUGAUGUAAUACAGCUGGUGUUGGCGUUACACAUCAGCUUCUUAGCGGGACGGGGUCACCGUCCCCGCUGGCUGGCCCUGAGUAUGUUGUGUGCUGCCCUGGGCUGUCUCCUCGCUGCCAUCCCUCACUUCAUCUUCGGUGCUGGUGAUUUGGUCUCCUUGCAGCAGGAUAAUACCAAUAGUACCCACCCACCUAGCAAGGAGUUGUGUGGCUUUUCGGACAACUCGACCUCAUCCUGUGAGACUGACAUGGCAGCCAUCGGAGCAGAACAAUACACUGUAGUUACUCUCCAACUCCUCUCUCAGAUGCUGGCAGGGUUUGCAUCACUAAUGUACUACACUAUUGGCUACACCUACCUUGAUGAGGCUGUCAGUAAGAAGAGGGUCCCUAUUUUCUUGGCUGUGUCUGGGAGUAUGAGGAUCCUGGGCCCAGUCUGUGGGUACUCCCUGGCAUCAUGGGCUCUGUCCCACUGGGUGACUCCCUCACUCACCCCUGACCUCCACCCCAGGCAUCCUAGGUGGGUUGGGGCCUGGUGGAUAGGCUAUCUGGUAAUUGGCUCCUCCCUGCUAGUGAUCACCUGGUCCCUAGUACUCAUGCCACGCACACUACCAGGGGCAAGGCGGAGAGCACUUGUUGAACUGAAAACUGCCGCUGAGAAGGGCAAGGAGGCUCUCCAAGCAUUUGCCGAGACUCUUCGACCUGCUCAGUCCAAAGGCUAUAAAGGUAUGUGUGGCAGCCUGCGGCGGCUGUUGACCAACAAGGUGUUCAUCCUGAUCACCUUCAACCAGGUAUUCUUCUGGUUUGCUUUCUUUGGCUACAUCACUUUCAAGCCCAAGUUUCUUGAGCACCAGUUCAAGAUGUCAGCAGCAAAGGCCAACCAGUAUAUUGCUGGAGCAGCCCUUGCAGCGACUCUAGUGGGCUGGCUCGCUACAGGAGUCGCCAUCACUCUGUUUCGGCCACGCACUAAGACUGUCCUCGCUUUCAUGGCCAUUCUCUCACUCACUGACUGUCUACUCCACUUAUGUAUGGUGAACAUCUCAUGUGACCAUGACAUCAUCAGGGGCAUGGACCAGGUGCUUGAGUCUCGUGUUAAAGCUCACCCCGAACACCAAGUGUCUGUCCCAAAGAAUAAUAUUACACUCCACAGCACUUCCUUGGAUGAUUGCUCCUCAGAGUGCGGGUGCAAUUUCAAGUUUUCGCCAGUGUGUGUGGAUGGUGUCACAAAUUUCUACAGCGCAUGUUUUGCUGGCUGCACUGCUGUUGCAAAAGCCAAUGGCACCAUUGUUUAUAAAAACUGCACCUGUUCUAAUACAGUGGAGUCUGUGAGUGUCAUAUCCUCUAGUGUGACCUCAUAUGUAGGUACAGCUUCUCCUGAUGUAACCUCAGAGGGGACCAGUGCAUCACCCGUGUCUUCAGCAGUGGCUGGAUACUGCCGCUACGACUGUCCCACCUUCUACAUGUACCUCGCCCUUACUGUCCUCACCAAAAUGACCAAUGCUGCCAGCAGAGUUCCUGUAAACAUCAUAUUAUUCAGGUGUGUACAGGAGCGAGAUAAGGACUUGGCUUUGGGUGUGUUCAAUGCCGUCCUGGCCUUAGGUGCUUCCAUACCAGCCCCCAUAAUCUUUGGUUGGGUCAUAGACCAAGCUUGUCGCCUGUGGGAACAAACUUGUGGGAGGAGAGGGUUCUGCUGGCUCUAUAAUCUGGAUGUUUACAGACAUAUCCUCCAUGGUAUCCCUGCAGGCUUAAUGGCUGGCUGUCUGCUGACGGAACUCAUUCUGCUAUCAAUGCACAAGUCCAUCCACCUCUACGGGGAGGAGGACGAACCCAGUACGCACACUGUCUACACCACAACCACAGAGGAAGAACGAAAAAACAAACAAGAGAUAGAUGCUUGCUUAUAACCAUUAUCAAGCACAGCUCUCAGUUCUUAUUGGGAUUAGAUGUUUUACAUAGCAUUCUGCUACAGCUUAAGAGUUUAUAACAGGGUAGAAUGUCAUGUAAUAAGACUUAAUUCAAGGCACCCUGCAACAUGGUGAGAAAAGGCUCAAGUUAAAAAAUAAAUCUGAACAUAUUUAUAUUUGUACUUGAUGCAAAAGUUUAGAGUACAAAGCAAAUAAAUUUCUUACCACACUUUGCCAGGUGAUCUCACGAUUGUGGGAAGUUCGAGUAAAAAUAAAUAAGCUUUGCUGGGUGAUGUGAUGUUUAUUUUUAGAUGACCUGGCUACUGGCAGUACACAAAUUACAGUACUGUGUGUGUGUGCUAUAUUGUAUUCAUCCAUUCCUGUCCUUAUCAUAUAAGAAGGUCAAGAGGUGUUGAUAACUUCUAGUUACUUAGUACCCUGUAUACCAUAGGUCCGAUACCCAAAGCCUUAAAACACUACUGUACUUAAACAAUUCUGCAGGGCUUUCAGAAUCAAUCUGUACCUGGUACUUUUAGCUGCCUCAACUUAACACUGGUAACCUUCUAGCUGAAAUGCAACAACUUGCCAAAGAUAUGUAUAGUUCAUGUAAUAAUAUUAUCAACUUCCAAGUCAGUAAAACUUUUCUGCAUGGCAAAAAGAUUAUUGUAGUGAAGACAUUCUGGAGAAGUUACUGGUAUCAUUCAGACUUUCUUCAUGGCUGUAAGAAUUGUGUCAUGAUUAAUGGCACAAAAUUGCCUUGUGCACCUUUGACAAGUGGAGUAUCACAGGGCAGUGUGUUGGGACUGUUGAUGUUCUUUUGCUUCAUAAAUGAUAUGCCAGAUGUCAUUUAUUCCUUCAUAUAAAUGUUUGCAGAGGAUGCAAAGUUCUUCAGGGAAAUUAAGAACCAAUAGACUGUGAGUCUACUGAAAGAUCUCUAUUGGCUGCAGGAGUGGGCAGAGGAAUGGUUGUUGUUUCAAUAGUAUGAAAUGCAAACGGGUGCACCUAGACUGUAUGACCUAUAAUAGUAAGGAGGUAUAUCACAUGUCCCAAAGUGGCAAAAAAAACAUCAAUAAUUGAGACCACAUGUGAAGAGGAAGGAUCUGGAUGUGUACGUCUGUUGACAAUGAACCAUUUUGAAAAGGAGGUAAAUCAAAGAACUAGAGUACAGUACUAGGAUUUACUCGUAUACGAACAUUGUUAUUCAAAGGUGAGGGACUCCUUCGCUUGGAGUACUAACAUCCUGUUUGGUCAUCAAGACAUGCUAGAGAAUGUCCAAAAGAGGGCCACCAGACUGGUGCCUACACUCUAGCACCUCAGGUAUCAAGAGAGAUUUAGAACACCUACAGUUGUCUAGAUUAUAUGGAUACUAAAGACAGCAAGGAGUGAUUUAAUGGAAGAAAUUGAUCAAUUUAGUAUUCAUGGAAUAAGUGGAGAGACCAGAUUCACUGUAAAAAGUGAAAGUGGAGACAACUGUACCUCUUGAGGUAGAAGAUUAUUGACAAUUUUGUUUCGAAGUAUAGAAACAUUAAGGACAGAUGGGCAUUAUUAUUAUUACUUACUUUUUUCCUCUUCGCCACUGAUCAGAUCUUUAGCCGCUUGAGCAGUCGGUCACGUAUGUUAUGCACUGUUGGCAAGUACUGGCUCCUGAAUGUAUCAGAACCUGCUGCAGUAUUGGUCAAGUCUGGCCUUGAAAAAGCUCACACUCGGUGCCGUCACAACACACUGUGGCAGAUUGUUCCAAGACAAGGGCGGAUCCAGGGGGGAGGGUCCGCCCCCCCCCCCCCCUUUCCCCAGAAAAUUCAAAUAUUUUUUUCUUUAAUGCAGUAUUGUACUCAGACAUUUUGGUAAAGUACAAUUUAAUUACUACUGACCUCAGAAUAUCUCCUAAUAUCAAGUGCACAUGGCUUCAAAAUGGGUGGGCUCGCUGUGUACUCCAUGUUCCCCCACUCAACUUCUUGGUCCCCCCUUUUGAUAUUCCUGGAUCCACCCCUGCAAGAGUUCACAGUUGGGCAUGCAACUGGCUUCUGACACAAGAAGACAAUGAAAAGUUAGUCACUGGAUGUCUGAAUCAUUUCACCAUUUCAUUUCCUUACUGUCACAUUGAGCAAGAAGGCAAAGUGCCCUGAAUGCUGGCUUUUAAACAUCAGUACAGUCGAAUGCACUUUUUUUUUUCCUUACAACAAUGUAUUUUGCAGGCAUUAGUGAUGUGGUAUUGGGAUAUGCAUUUCAAAAUAGUAUUUUCCUUAUUAUACUUGGCAAUGUUUUUAAUGUUUGAUAUAAAAUGUAUUUUUAAUAAAUUUUUACAUUUGUUGCAUCA